CACGACCGCGGGAUUGCCCAACAUGAGUCGAAACGGCAGCGCGAUGGCCUCUGCCCGUCCGGCGGCUGGGGGCCAGAAGGAUGGGACCAGCGGUCAAGCAGAAGGUGGAAAUGCACUGGUCAAUGGCUACUUGAUCCUCUACAAUGCCCUUCUGGCUGCCGGCUGGUCCAUGAUCUUGUACGAUCUACUCCGCCCGUUUCACCUUUGCAAUGGGGUGGCCGGUGAUCAUGAGCUUGAUCUCGCCCCAGCCUGGCUCCCCGCCCAAGCCCAUGGCCUCCUUUGCACCGAUAGCUCCAGUGGCAUGCCUCUCUUCCAUGCUCUCCAGAUCUUCCAAACCGCUGCCAUCCUCGAGGUCGCUCACGCGGCCCUCGGCUUUGUCAAGGCCAAGGUCUCCACCACUUUUAUGCAGGUCCUCUCGCGCGUAAUGCUUGUCUGGGCCGCCUGCUGGAUCAAUCCCCGCAUCAUGAACUCCCUGGCCUUUUACACCAUGACCUUUGCCUGGGCCGUCACUGAGGUGGUGCGCUACAACUGGUACUGGACCAAGCUCUUGCUUGGCGAUGCCCCUGGUUUUCUGACCUGGUGCCGCUACUCCUUCUUCGUCGUCCUCUACCCGCUCGGCGUCGCGUCGGAAAUUGCCUGCAUUCUUCAAGCCAUUGGCUACUAUGAUGCUCUGGCCGAGGAGCAGCGCGUACCGGAUGACGACGAAACUGCCCAGUUCCUCGCUCGCGUCGCUCUCACCUUCAACUACACCAUCAUGGCCUUCCUGUCUCUCUAUCCCAUCGUUUUUCCGGGUCUCUACAUGCACGUGUGGGCCCAGCGUCGCAAGGUCUUUGGCAAGCGCCGCCCUGCUCGCCCCGAGCCCACCGAGGGCAUCCAGUGGCCUGCCGACGCUACUGGCACUCGCAGUACAAGCUCGACGGGUCAAGCCGUGCUUGCACGCAGCGUCAUGGACGUGGAUCCUCAGGCAGCGGUGGCCGUCAUGAAGGAGCGCAACUGGCGCUUUGGCUACGGCAAGCAUUUCAUCGAGAACGUGCGCAUCUCGCUGCGCACUCCCGAGACUGCUCUCAAGGUUGCCCAAACGGGUCUCGACUACAUGCACAACCAGUUUGAGUUUGUUCGUGACGGCAAGGUCAUGUCCUUGGCCACUGCCAUGAGCACCAUCACGGCCAGCUUCCCGGGCACCAUGACCAUCAAGGGCUCGGGCAAACGCGACCCCGUGUACAAGGUGCCCUACCGUCGCAAACCUUACCCGGAGCAGUCUCCCCUUGAAGAUCUCACCGGCGAAGCGUUGAAGAAGCAACUUGAUCAAUGGGUCAAGAAUGGCACCAUCGAACCCAGCGCCCGUGAUGCCAUUGCUGCCGUGGCAGACCACGACGAAUGGGUGGAUCUCAGCGACAAGUACUUUGUCCUUCUUGGUGCCGGCUCUGCCAUGGGUCCCUAUCUUGUCCUCAUGGCUCUCGGGGCCAACGUCAUUGCCCUUGACCUCGACCGCCCGCAAAUCUGGGAGCGUCUGAUCAAGGUGGCUCGCGAGAGUGCCGGUACCUUGAUCUUCCCAACCAAGAAACCCGUGGCUGAGCUGACUACGGACGAGCUGAUCUAUGCCAACGCUGGCGCCAACCUGUUCACCGACACGCCCGAAAUUUGCAACUGGGUGUCUGACCUCAUGCCCAAGGAAGAAUUUAUUGUUGGCGGAUAUGCCUAUUUGGACGGCGAGAAGCAUGUGCGCGUCUCGCUUGCCAUGGAUGCCAUCAAGGCCGGUGUGAUCCGUCGCCGCAAGACGGUGACAACUCUGGCCUACCUCUGCUCGCCCACCGACGUCUUUGUGGUCAGCACGGAUGCUCGUGAUGCGGCCGCGGCCAACUACAAGAACCCUGGCUCGGUCAAGACAUUUGUCUCUGUCCUUCGCACUGUCAUGAAGAAGGCUUGCACCAAGAACGUCUUGCCCCUGGCUCAGGAUGCUUCCGGAACUCACACCUAUGCCAUCAACGACGGUAUUGUUGUGCAGCAAGGCCCCAACUAUGCUUUGGCCAAGCGCCUGCAGCACUGGCGUGCCAUGGUCGCUCGCGCGGGGGGCUCUCGUGUGUCAUCCAACAUUGCCCCCUCCACGGCGACGCUGUCGGUCGUGCACAACAAGAGCUUUGCUGCAGCCUACGGAGGUUGGAAGCACUUCCCGGCCUUUGAGGUUGCUUGGCAGGAAACCUCCAACGCGGUCAUGGGGGCGCUGCUGAUCCACGACGUCCGCAACGAGCAGAGCAAGGCCAAUCCGUCCUUUGAGUUGUCGAACCAGCUUGAACAAUUUCGUUAUGGCUCCUUCCAUGGUGGCGUGUGGCGCUCGGGUUACAAGGUCGGCUCAAUUGGCGAGGCCUCGGCGUUGCUUUACUACCUCGGUCUCUACGGGCCAAUGGUCCUUAUUGGCCUGUUGGGGCUGUCGACGGCGUCAAUUGCUUAUUGUCGCAGCGGUUGA